AUGUAUUUGGGAAAGUACCAAACAGUCAAAUGGGUCACUCCACGCAAGAUAUACACUCUGGCCGUGCAUCAGGACAGCACCCCGCGCCAGAGACGACUCAAACGCACAGGUCUUCAAGUCGUUGCCGAGUUCGCUAUGGAUAUGAGAGUUACGGUGACAACAAAUGUGGAGAUAGACAUUGAUAUCACGAGUGGGGCUCGAGGCACGACCUCCAGCAUUAUUCUGGAUGAGGGCAAACAACAAUAUCAUGAUGGAGACGAGUCAACGGUCGUGCUUCAUUACAUGCCAGCAUGCAUCCUUGUCGAACUAGACCGCACACACGCCACACAGCUAGAAGGUUUGUCACGCAAUGUCAUAGAAGCAAAGACCGAAGAUGAGAGUCCAAACACAGCGAGAGGCCACAGUAGAUUGCACCGUCAAGCAACAUCAAUCCUCCAUGACAGCUGCGUACGGCUUCACAGAUUUCCGGGCACAAGGACUCCCGGCUGCACUGAGUGA